AUGGUGACAGAGUGGCAUCCUUGCGGUCUCCUAAACAAUUCCCCUACCCAUUCCUAUUCGGUUAUCAUCCUCAACCAGCCCAUCAACAAGCACGCCCUGAACGCCGUUAUCGGGUCAGCCUCGCUGCUUGUAUGUGCCGACGGCGGCGCCAACAGGCUUUAUAAUUACGACAAGGCUGCGCAGAAUGGAAUGUCUAGAUUGAAGCGCCGUGUUCCGGAUGCCGUCAUAGGGGAUCUGGACUCCCUGACUGAGUCGGUCGGAGAGCAUUAUCGCUCUCUAGGGUCCCAAGUUAUCAAGGACCCAGAUCAGUACUCUACAGACUUCACAAAGUGCCUCAGAUGGAUUCGCGACUGGGCGAUAUCAAAGCACGAACGUGGCGCAUCCGAGCAUGGCGCAGAGUCACAGCCUAUCAUGGAUGUCGUGGUCCUGGGGGGACUCGGAGGUCGAGUAGAUCAAGGGUUUUCACAAGUCCACCACCUUUUUAUGGCCGAGAACCACCCAGCACUCCUGAGGGGCCGCAUAUAUCUAUUGUCGGAACAGAGUUUGUCAUUUGUUCUAGCUGAUGGCCGCAAUCUCAUCCACCUCGAACCGGGUUAUUUUGCGGAGAAUGUGGGAAUCCUGCCUGUCCUCGGCCGCACAUUCCUCACUACCAAGGGCCUUGAGUGGGACGUUGAACAAUGGCCCACCGAGUUUGGUGGCCAAGUGAGUACCAGUAACCACAUACGAUCCUCUAAAAUCGACAUUGCCUUCGAGGGUCCCAGACCGUUGUUCACUCUGGAACUGGACCAACGUCUGGCGGCUACCUGCGAAUGA